UCUAAAACAGAGGAACAUCUCAUAAGUACAAAGUAGAUGAACCAAAAGCAACCUAUAUUUCAUUCAUGUGAGAAAUAGCUAAGCAAUGAUUUAUCGAAAGUAUCCUAGGAAAAGGCCGGCAGAGAGUGGAAAUGAAUCAAUCCUCAAGCCGGGGACAACUCCUGCUCCGCGCCGCCUCGCCUCGGGCCUCCUCCUCGAGAUGCGCGCCAGGGGCGUCGCCGCGGACGGCUUCUCCUACUCCACGCUCCUCGCCGCGCUCACCUUCCUCCCGCUCAUGGAGGCCGACGCCGUGGCGCCGGACCUCGUGCUCUUCUCCAACCUCAUCCACCUCGCCCUCCGCGCUGGCGACGCGCCCAAGGCACUCGCGCUCUUCUCCAGCCUCCGCGCCGCGGGGAUCAGGUCCGACCUCAAGGCCUACAACGCCGCCAUCGCCGCCUACUGCAAGCCUGACCUGCUCCGCGACGCCAAGCGCCUGCUGCUCCUUGACGUCCCCACCGACGGCGUGGCCCCCGACGCCGAGUCCUACGCCCCGGUCCUCGCCGCGCUCGCGCGCCGCGGCUGGCACCUCGUGGCGGUCUCGCUCUUCUCGCACAUGCGCGCCGGCGCGCUCAAGCCCGACCACUCCGUCUUCAACAUCGUGCUCAACGCGUACGGGCAGCUGGACCUCGCGCGCGACGCUGACCGGCUCUUCUGGUCCAUGCGCCAGGCCGGGGUGCCGCCGAGCGUCGUCACGUACAACACCAUGCUCCGCGUGUACGGCGACGCCGGGCUGUUCGGGGAGGCGGUCCACCUGUUCGGCCUCAUGUGCAGCACCGCCUCCGACGGCGGCAGCAACGGCGUCCUUAGGCACAACGUGGUGACGUACAACACCAUGAUCGCCAUCCACGGCAAGGCGCUGGAGGACGACAAGGCCGGGAGCCUGGUGCAGCAAAUGCAGGCCAGCGGCAUCCAGCCCAACGCCGUCACCUACUCCACCGUCCUGUUCAUCUGGUUGAAGGCCGUGAAGCUCGACCGCGCCGCGAAGCUCUUCGAGAAGCUGCGGGAGUCUGGCACGGAGAUGGACCCCGUGCUGUACCAGAUGAUGGUGGUCGCGUACGAGCGUGCCGGGCUCGUCUCACAGUCCAAGCGACCGCUGCGCGAGCUCGGAGACCCGGACCAGGCCAUCCACAAGGAGACGGCCAUGAAGAUCCUGGCCAGCGCCGGGCGGGUGGAGGAGGCCGCGUGGCUGUUCGUACAAAAAGCACGGACGGAGGUAGGUGGUAGCAGGGCGUACCUGCACUUGUCCUAGAGGACGGCGAAGCCGCCGGAUCGCAGCGGUCAGCCCUUCCUCCACUGCCCCGCCGCCUCUGCGUGGCCCGGCGCAGGAUCUAGUCGAGGAUGGUGCUUCUCUCGCGGUCCUCACGGCGGGUCCUUAGAUCCGGCGACACUGAGGGAGAGAAACGAUCCCAGCAGCGCUGUUCGUGAGAGAAGCGGCAACCUGACCCCCACCCUCGCCUGCUUCUCCCUCGUCCGUCAUGGGAACAUGGCGCCCAUCAUACCGCGGCCACCCGCCCACCCGUUCGUGGAAGGGGGUCUCCGUGGGAUUUGGGGUGGCUGAGAGAGGAGUAAAGGAGAGGCGUUGCGUGCGCUUGGGACAGAAAGU